CUUUGGCGACUGCGCACUUGUGCGGAGAACGGCGGCGUGUUAUUGUAUACUACUUCAGGCGCCGCGCGCCCAGUCCUACCACCGCGGAUCGGUCCGCGGCAAAUUGAGUCCUGGCGCGACGACCACGGGCCCCCCUGCCUAUCGAGCGGCCAUCACCGCGCAGCGACUCUCAUCGCCUCGGGGUUCCGGUCAGCAAAGAGUCCGAGAGAUGACCACUCGGCCACGGCGGGUGGAUGCCUUGUUGGCCCAGGCCCUCCAUUCUUCGGGUGCCCGAGCUCGUGGGGAUGAUGGCAAGAAUGAGAGCACGGGCAUGCAGGUGCUGCUGCGACUGCGGCUCAUGUUUGCCAAGUCGGCCAUCCCCGGCCUGCGCGUCAUCCUCGGCUUGUCUCACCCGAUGCGACGGCUCGCCUGGACGGCAGCCCUGGCGGCGCUAGUGUGCAUAGGCCUCAACGACCUGUACGUCGUGUUCAGAGAGUAUUUCGAGUAUGCCGACACGGUCGACGUCAAGUGGGCAAGAUCGCCGGAAGGAAUGGCGCUACCAGCCGUUACAUUCUGCAACUUGAAUCAGGUGCGGAAGAACGUCUUCUGUGGAGAUAUAGAGCUCAACCGAAGCACCGCUACCGAAUGGCAGCAGAGGAUCUGCGGGGGCAAUUCGAUACUGCCCAUUUGGUCUAUUUACUUUCGGCUGGAGCCGCCGUACAGGAACCCAUGCCAGCGGGAUUUCCCAGAGAAAUACCGCGAUCACAUUUCUCCGGAUAGAGUGUAUACAAGGAAGGCCUGCAGGCACAUUUGUGCCCAACUGCGCGUCAUCGCCGCCUGUGGAUGCCAGUCGCACGAUUACGACACAGUCGACAGGUCUCUGGCCGAAAUAUGCAAUGAAGACGACGAGGAACUCAAUAACUGCAUUGCAGAAGUGGCUGAGAAGAUCGACGGAGGGCAAGUUGAAUGUCCGUGCUUAGAAAGCUGCACGAUGGUGGAGUACUCGUGGCAAGCAUCUUCUCUGAAGUGGACAAAAAACAUUCUGGAGGAACAAGCCGGGUAUGAACGCAACGGCAGAAGUCGCAAAGAACUGACGGAAGUCGUCGUCUACUUGGCAAGUGCGCAAGGAUACCGCAGAAAAAAUGACCCCAAAGUGACGGUCCCCCGUCUCGUCAGCAGCAUGGGAAGCAUCAUGGGGAUGUACGUGGGCAUGUCCUUCCUGUUGAUUUUCAAUGUGUUCGACAUCAUCGCUCGAGCCUUAAUUGCCUCCUACAGGAAAUUCCAGAGAGCGCAAGAAUGCCGUGUAACCCUUCAAGGUAUACCUUGGAACCCAAAUCACCACCUGCCAGGCUACAAGUUCUUCUCGAAUUGGCGUGGCAUUGCACCUUAUCUGAAUAAAGCUGCUGGCCAUCAUUAAAGAUGAGAAUUGUUGAAAAAAAAAAAAACUACAUAUUGUGGCAAAUGUAUUUUCGUAGCUGCUUUUUUCCCCCAAGCACCUGAACAAUUGGGCAAAAUUUAUAGCCCCCCAAAUUAACACAAAAUGUAAAUAAAAUUAUGUGCAGAAAGAGGACCAAGAGAUGAAACUGAAACUGCGCUAUUGAACUGACCCUCGCUCGAAUGAAAGAGGACAACUGCGCCACAUAGCUUGUGCGUGAAAGCUCCAAAGUGCACGCUGCCAUUUUAUUGUGCCAUAUUCUUGUGUGCGUGUUGACCGCGGCAGAUCUGCUUACCUAACCUUAUUUCUAGUUAUGCGAAUAAAAUAUAUUGAGGAUGUUAAUAUUUUUUACCUUUAUUAGCUUACAGAAUAUCCCCACUACAAAUAAUUGUAGUGGACAGUAUGAAACAUAGUUAAAAAAUAUUGAAUUAAGACAUUAAGUUGAAUAUAGUUAAAGAAAUUUAAAAAAUACUUUUUCAGGCCAUUCGAAAUUUUUGAAAAUUUUGCAUCUAUAGCCGUUAGUGGACACCUAACUGCUGCACAAGAACAAGGCAGACUGUGCACAGUGGUGAAUACAGUGAGUUGUUGCAAGCCUCACAAAAACAGAACAAGUGCAACAAGAUUCACGUUGCUAGAGAGACAAUAGAAUGGUGCAUAUGCCAUUUUAAUUUUGCGCAGUGUUCAGCUAAAACAAAAAACCUAACCACAUAUAGCCCUGUCUCUCGGCUUCGUAGCACAGACAUGUCGCUUGCUUGGAGACCAGUCUUCCUACUUCAUAUUGGAAGCAGUAAAAAAACGCUAUAGAAAGCUUGCUC